AUGAAGGAAAAUAUGCUAAUUCAAUCAGCAAUUAAGAAAUACGGAAACGAGAUUCUGAUCGAAGACAAGACGUUCGAUUUGGUUGCAGCAAUAGUGUAUAAGCGGAUAAAAUAUGCAUUUUCUAAAAGUUUAGACGAUGAAAAGCUCUCAAAAAGUGAAAAGAAAUCUGGCUUUGGAGUUAUGAACACAAUGUUUGUAAUACUGUUCGUCAUUGCGGUUAUAUCGUUUAUUAAUUCGCUUGUCUCGAAAAAAGAUAGCACUCCCUUGACCAACACCGCACAGAACCAGCAGGGGGCACAGUCUAACGUAAGCUUAGGAAUACAGAAUGCAGCUUCUCAGACAAAUAAGGAUGGCACUGUUGUUGCAGGCCAGUUUGAAUUCAAAACUGGCAAUCAGAUUAAGUUCAACAAGUAUUGUGGAAGAAAAAAGGACUAUGAUGUGUUUUAUGGACUUAUAAAACGGUAUAUUGAGGAAUUGACAAAUUUGAGCCGAGAAGAGCUGGACGAGAUUAACGCAUUUACGAAGCUUAAUUUUUUGUUAGAAGGGCCGGCGGGAACAGGAAAGACAAUUUUCGUACAUUAUUUAGCGACGCAGAUCGACAAAUACCUGAAGUUGAAAGCAUUGGCUGAAGAGAACCCCGAAUUGUAUAGACAGGUUUUGAGUAAUGAGGCGGUAAAGGAGACAUAUCUAUCGAUGGCACCGUCCAGGAUAUACUUCUGUGAGGUGGCGCCAGGCAUCAUAAAUAGCAAAUGGUAUGGAGAUACAGAAAAAAAUGUCAGCUUGCUUUUUGACUAUGCCAAGAAGCUGUCGGAGGAGAAGUGGAGGGCUGUGUUUCUGUUUUUCGAUGAGGGUGAUGCAUUCUUUUCAAAGCGAAAUGCCGAUACCAGCAUGGGUGAGACAACAUCGGGUCUAAAGUCUGAGCUUCUGCAAAGGAUUGGCGUGCGUCCCAGUGAUAAAUAUCGGCCCAUCUUUGUGUUUUGUGCCACAAAUAGAUUUGAAGUAUUUGAUGACGGAUUUAAAAGAAGAUUUGGCAAUCAAACAAGAUUUGCAGUUCCCACGCUUGACGAGAGACGCGAGUUUGUAAAAUUCGUCUUUGACGACUUUGUACUUCAGGAAAAAGAAAUUGAAACAAUAGUCAAUCUUACGCAAGGCAGGACCCAGUCUUUCAUUUCCAAGUACAUGAGGAACUACUAUAUUGAGGAUGAGCUGAGCAGAGUGACAGGGAUUAAGCUGAAGGAGUUUGUGAAAUUCUUGUAUGAUAAUAGAGGGGACAGAAAUCUGAUCUAG